AUGGUGCGUAACCGAAGAGCUUCCGCCCCGCUUGGAGACCAAGAGGCUACGGGCAUGCGUCUGGAAGACGAUUACAGGACAGCUUUGAGUCAAGGACAAAGGGCUGCUGGGGAUGUUGAAGUCCCGGUGGCUAUUUAUCAGGGGGAAGCAUCCCCCAAUACCCUGGAGCAGGGUGGGGGACCAGGUCCCUCCCUUGGCGCGGGUAUGUCCGCGAGUCCCUUUCACAGCGAAAAGGUCAAGAACGAGAUUGCUCUGCGACAGCAGCGUCCUCUAUCGUUAGAUGAGGAUGAAGCAAGAAUCCUUGCUACCCGAGAUCGUACUGCAAAAGGAGAUUGGGUUGGUGACAAUGGGGCUGAACCCAAUUAUGCGGAAACGACUGGGGGUGAAGGAAGUGCUGAACCUUUGGAAAGGGCUACAGGCCCUAGGAUAGCGAGGGUGGAACCUUCGGCUGGCGCCGAUGACGUGGCAGUGACUGCGGACUGGCAUGGUGGAGCUUUGGCCGGAUUUGCUGAGAGCGUCGUGGAGGGUGCUAAGCUUGCAGAGGCUGGGAAGGGUCCGAGGGAGACUACUUCAUCUGGUCAGGCCGGAGUACAUGGGGAUGAUGAGCUCAUUCCUGAGGAAAGGUCCUCCCUGAAUGUCGAAGCGUUGCUGGUACAGAUGAUGGAGGAGAAUCGUGCCCUUAAGCGGCGAUUGGAGCAAGUGGAACUCCGGUCGCAUUCUUCUUGGCACAGCGGCACGCAAGGUGACAUGGGAAUGACUGCUGGCUCGCCAAUGUCGUUUUCGAUGCCUUUUGGAUCCCAGGUGACAGGGCCUGGAAGAGGCUUUGAGUCCCUUGUACAGGCGGUGCCUCCUGAAGGUGCCUGGUUUCCGGAUUUCCCGGGUUUCAAGAGUGAUGUUGGGUGGGUUCGUUGCGGGAAGUUCGUGGUGGUGUGGAUUCGCCUGUAUGGGGUCACGAUCAUGCGACUUCUCGAUGGUUGCCCCGGGUACGACACCUUGUGCAGAAGCAUUGGGAUUCCUGGCAAGUUGACCGCGGCUCAGGCCCAGCAUGAGUUGAAUGACCAUGCCACCAAGCCGACUGACGUCCAUGCUGCGCAUGGGGGGGAGUCCUCUUAUGGGCAUGUGGGACUAGUUGGUAGUUUAGAUGGGACUAUAGGCUAUGAAGGGCUGGGUGAGGAACUUGAGGUUCCGAGCCUGGAAGUGCGAGAGUGGAUUCAGGGGUGCUUAGACCGGGGGGAGUUCUCAGAUGAGGAUUGUUUGCGGGUGUUGCAAAAGGAUACCCUGGCUCAUCACCGUGAAACGCUGGAGAAGCUAGGGUUCCCUUUGGAGGAGGUUGACGCCAUCUUGGAUAAGGGUUGCGAUUGCCUUCAGGAGUCCUGGGAAUUUGAUUGGCCGGCUCAGGCUUUUGAGGACUCGGUUGAGGAGACUAAGAAAGAGUGGUUGGAGUGGGUUCUGGUCGAGAAUCAAGCCGAGUGUGAGAAGGAGUUAGCUAAGUGGCGAGAUCCAGCGAAAGAAGAAGUAGUGCAGUGCUCACCCGUAAGGCGGGCACGGGCAAACGAAGAUGCCGCGCGGUGUGUUGCGGGCACAGAGGAGCGUAUUAUUGUUAAGCCGCCCCACUUCCUGGUUGAGCUGGGAAUCCUGUCGAAGGAGGACCGUUGGUGGAUUAGGAAGGCCUUGUAUGGUUUGCCGACUUCCCCGCGGGAUUGGGGCAGGUAUCGGGACGGCGAGUUUGAGAAGAUGCGGAUUCCGUAUGCCGGAGGAGAGUACCACCUGGUGCAAUUGAAAUCCGACGACGCCCUCUGGGUCUUGAGGAAGUACACCAAGGAGGGACUUGGUGAUGUGGAGGGAAUUUUGAUAGUCUAUGUGGACGACUUGGCAUUGUUUGCUGAGCCCGGUUUGGCCCUCCAGUUCAUCAAGGUUUUGCGGGAUUUAUGGAAGACUUCGGAGCCGGAGUGGAUCAAGGAGUCGGCUGUUACUUUUUGCGGUUUGGAAAUUUCACGAUCUUCUCAAGGUUAUCGGCUAUCGCAAGUGGCAUAUAUUCGCGAACUGCUGCAACGAUACAAUGUUACCGAGGAUGCGGCGGUGCCUAUCUCUAAGUGGACGGACCCUGAUCUUCCAGAUUCUGUGUCGGCCUCCGAGGUUAAGGAAGCUCAAGCCAUUACGGGUGCGCUUUUAUGGGUUGCUACGAGAACUCGACCGGAUAUUUCAUACGCAGUGUCACGCUGCGGGCAACAGGCGACGAAGGCGCCACAGAUCUCCAUCAGUGUUGGGUUGCAGACCUUGAAGUAUCUUAGGUCCACGGCAGAGUUUGGAAUCGAGGUUCCCUUUGAGGUAGGGAAUCCCUUUGCAGACCACGGUUUGCUUUUGAUGCCGCGAUCUGAGAAAGUUCUAGAAGUGUACUCCGACGCUUCCCAUAGCCCUGGUGGUGAUCGAUCGAUGCAGUCUUUGAUUGUUCUAUGGAUGGGUGUUCCGAUUGCUUGGGAAACGACGCGACAAGCUUUCACUACUCUAUCCUCUGCGGAGGCGGAGCUGGUGUGCAGUGUGCAUGCGGUCCAACUGUCCGAAUCGAUCCAAUCACUCUUGGACGAGCUCAUAGAGGCAGACUCUACGAUAGCACUAUUAAGCGACAACGAGGCAUCGUUGAGAAGUUUCGACCAGGAAUGCAGCAGAUUGCGGACCUUGGGACCAAACCGCUUAGUCGGCCUCGCCUUGUUGGCAGUGAUUCCGCGUGUGAGGGGUCAGCCUGCCCACGGCCUUCCGGAAGCCCAGGGGUGGUUUGUCUGGGUGUUGGCUUGCUUAGCUCCGGACUGCGAUGGGGAUUCUGAUGGUGUUGGGACGGUCCAAUGCGACGAUGCCCCGGAGCAGGGUCCAGCUGCUACACCGGAGCCUGAAGAUGACGAUGAGUUUUCGGAGCAGGAGUGGCGCGAGGCGCAGUUGAAGCUUGAAGAAGCCGAGCGUUGCUCUGGCUUAACGUUCCUCCAACGGGCGAAGGUUCGUAAGCAGGUUGCGGCCGGGGGUGUAGUCGAUCCGCCUAACUUCCUCCAGAGGUUCCAGGUCCUUCAGAUUCAGGAGUUCAGUCUGGGAGUGCCGGUUCUCACGAGGUUCCAGGUCCUUCAGACGCAGGAGCUCAGUCUGGGAAUGCCGGUUCUCACGAGGUUCCAGGUCCUUCAGAUGCAGGUGUUCCGUUCGGAAGUGCCAGGACAGACAAGGGAUGCAGCGGAAGCGUAUUUUCAGAAUGGAAUCCGCGAGUUUCCGUUUGCUGAGCAAAACCCUGUAGAGGCUGAAGACCGGGAAGAUGAUCCGACCAUUGACGAGCGCUCCACUACUGAGCCUUCAGUGCUGACCGAGGGCUCCCAGGCUACAGUUGAUGAUCCGGAGGUGCAGCUAGCGCGCGCGUUUAAGGCGCGCGCGUUGACAGAAGAUAGCUUUCUGGGCGAAGGUCGGAAGAACUCUGAGGCUCUCGAUAGUGUGAUUAUGGGAUACUGGGAAUCUCUUCGCGAAUUUCCUUCUAAGAAGGAUUCCGGCAUGAGACCGGGAUUCGGAAUCGAGAUGACUUUCGACCCAGUUUUUGUCCCGAGCUGA